CUAGUACAGCACAGUGUAUUGACACAAUCGCACCCCAUCAGUCUGUGCAAGUUCAGGGACAAUCCAUUGCCUCAGUACAAGACUAAUCUGCUCUAAUGCAGCCCGUGGGCGCUGCUCGGACAAGGCUCUACAGUAUGUGCACUGAAGUUUGCAGCGCUGCGUCUGACAAGAGGAACUGAAAGCAAGUUUUUUCUCAUGGGAGUUUUACACCUAACUCCCCUUGUAACUGCACGGAACUGAUCUUUCAGAAAGGGUUUUUUUUUUGCCUUGAUUACAGCCUGCCUUGCGAAUCAGUAUAAUACUGGCGGAUACCUGCGUAGAACCUGCAGAUCGGAGCUGAAAUCAGGAAAAGUCUAUCAGCUUGAUAAUGGAUGACUACAAUGUCCCUGUGGAAAGUCCUCAUAUUAGCCCAGGCCAGCAGAAUACAAUUAAGUGUGGAUGGCUUCGGAAGCAAGGGGGCUUUGUCAAAACUUGGCACACACGUUGGUUUGUUCUCAAGGGAGACCAGCUGUAUUAUUUUAAAGAUGAAGAUGAGAUGAAACCUUUGGGUACGAUUUUCUUGCCAGGGAACAGAGUAGUAGAACAUCCUUGCAAUGAAGAAAGCCCAGGGAAAUUUCUGUUCGAAGUAGUUCCAGGGGGAGACCGUGAGCGAAUGACUGCAAACCAUGAGACCUACCUUCUUAUGGCCAGCACCCAAAAUGACAUGGAAGACUGGGUGAGGUCUAUCCGCAGAGUUAUAUGGGCACCAUUUGGAGGCGGCAUAUUUGGACAGAAACUGGAAGACACAGUACGUUAUGAGAAGAGAUAUGGGACACAUCUUGCUCCCAUGUUGGUGGAACAGUGUGUGGAUUUUAUCAGGCAGCAAGGGUUAACAGAAGAAGGUUUAUUUAGAAUGCCUGGCCAAGCUAACCUGGUCAAGGAAUUACAAGAUGCCUUCGACUGUGGAGAGAAGCCAUCAUUUGACAGCAAUACUGAUAUCCAUACAGUAGCAUCACUUCUAAAAUUGUACCUAAGGGAGCUACCAGAGCCUGUCAUCCCUUUUUCAAAGUAUGAAGAUUUUAUUUCCUCUGCAAAACACCUGAGCAAAGAAGAAGAAUCUGGAAUGGCAGAGUUAGUGAAGCAAGUGAGGAGCCUACCUCCAGUGAAUUAUAAUCUUCUGAAGUACAUCUGUAGGUUUCUGGAUGAAGUUCAGUCACAUUCUGGAGUCAAUAAAAUGAGUGUACAGAACCUUGCUACAGUGUUCAGCCCAAACAUUCUGCGCCCGAAGGUUCAAGACCCCAUGACUAUAAUGGAGGGUACUGUAGUUGUCCAGCAGUUGAUGGCUGUUAUGAUAAGUCAGCAUGAAGUAUUAUUUCCUAAAGAUGGAGAUAACCAAUUUCACGAGCUUAGCAUCAACAACAAUGAAAUACAAAAAAAAAUUGUAUUAGGUCAGAUUCAGAACAAAGAGAAUAACAACACUAAAGAUGCUGUUGUAAGAAGGUGUUCAUGGGAAAAGAUUGAAACUCCACAAAGUUCUAAUAAUGGUUCUCCUACUGCACUGCCUGGGAGUAAAUCAAACAGUCCAAGAAAUAGCAUUCACAAACUUGAUGUCGCCCAAAGCCCACCACUAACAGUUAAAAAGAAUCCAGCAUUUAAUAAAGGCAGUGGGAUUGUAACCAAUGGAUCUUUUAGUAGCUCAGUGGAUGUCCAUGAUAAACACCAUUCCUUACCUAAUGGAACAUUACAAUCUAGAAGAACAUCAUCUUUAAAAAGCUCUGGUACUAAAAUGGGUACUCACAGUGUUCCAAAUGGUGCAGUGAAAAUGGGGGUAUCAAGCACAGAUAGUCAUUCUUUAAACACUCGGACAGCAAGCUGGUUGCCAAAUGGUUAUGUUACAAUGAGAGACAAUAAACAAAAGGACAAUGAAUCUAUACAACACAGAUUAUCUACCUACGAUAAUGUUCAUCAACAAUUCUCCAUGACAAACUCUGAUGACAAACAAAGUAUUGACAGUGCAACUUGGUCUACAUCAUCAUGUGAAAUUUCUCUUCCUGAAAAUUCCAUAUCUUGUCGCUCUUCUACAACUACCUGUCCAGAGCAGGAAUUUUAUGGGGGAAAUUUUGAAGAUCUCAUCUUAGAUGGGCCUCCUAAUGAGGACUCUACUAAUCCCACAGAUUUCGAAAGUAAAUUUGACAGGAGAAGUGCAGGUGGUCGCAGCAGUAGAGCAACCAGCAGCAGUGACAAUAGUGAAACAUUUGUUGUAAAUAAUACAAGCAGUCACAGUGCUCUUCAUAGCCUUGUAUCCAGUUUAAAGCUGGAGAUGGCAAAACAAAAAAUGGAGUAUGAAACAAAAUUAAAAAGUUUAGAACAAAGAAACUUCUCUCUUGAGACAGAAGUGGUAGCUCUGCAAGAGGAGCUAAACCAGGAAAAAAAGAAAUACACAAUGGUAGAAAUAAAAAUGAGGAAUGCUGAACGUGCCAAAGAGGAUGCUGAGAAGAGAAAUGAUAUGUUGCAAAAGGAGAUGGAGCAAUUCUUCUCUACUUUUGGAGACUUGACAGUGGAACCCCGUAGACCAGAAAGAGGGAACACAAUAUGGAUCCAGUAAAGUGACUUAAUGUGUAGGACAAGAGGCUGUUGGAGUUUUAAUGGGAAGUGUUUUAAUCAGGUGGCUGGUCACCUGACGAGGCUAGCAUGACUCAUUGCUAUCAUUUUCAGAUAAAAAAUAAUUAGGACAAUUAAUCGCAUCAAUAGCAGAAACUAUGUAACAACGUCGAUUAUUAUAUACUCCAUAAUCCUUCUAUCAAGUGUUAUAACUGGAUAUGUGUAUAUAGAAAAAGUGUUAUGUUGUUAAAAACUUGCACUCUUUUGAAUUAUAAUGAUGCAAGUCUUGCAGAUUUGAAAUGUUGUUGCAGUUAAGCUUUAUAUAAGUCUAUAUAUCCUUGCACUUAAUAUAUAACAUAAUAUAAUAUUUUUUUUGCAUUGUGCUACCAUAAGUUUAUUUUGUAUAUUAACUGUUCUUGUUCCCAGUGAAUGAACAUUAAAAAAAAUCUAGGAUGAUACUUUCUGGCAUUAAUGUUUGUGCCAAUCUACAAAUGCAACCAAGUUCCUUUACCAUGUUGUAACACUAUGGGGCACAUUUACUUACCCACGAACACUCCGACGGUGUCCGAA